GCCUCGCCAGUCCUGCCGCGGCGUGCUGAGGUGCGGCCGCUCUGUCUCUCGCCUGUGCGUGUGUCGCGCUGUCCCCGCCACGCCGUGUGUGUGUGUGUGAGUGCGUGCGUGAGUGUGAACAGGUGCGCUGCCUUAGUCUAAACAUCGCUGAAUCAUUAGCCAGGACACGGCGCCGGUCAGUGUAUAGUUUCUUUUCAAAAUCUUUUAGAAAGUUUUAAGCGUUGAUAUGACCCGUGUUGAGGGAGUUCCCAUACGUUUCGACGGCGCGGAGCCAGGAGGGUCAGCCAGGCCCGGGCUGCGGCGAGCGUGUGGCACCACAUCUGGGCAUCAGAGUGGGCACAGCAGUAAAGCACCGCAGUGACGUGUCAUUAAAAGCCUGUUCAUAGUGUGGCGCCAGUUUUUGUUCCUCGUGGCAUUAGUGCAAGUGCGUAAAGAGCUUCAAGCAGGUGUUGUCGAGUGCGGCCUCUGAUUUGCCCAGAAGUGGUCUCCUAUUGCGACCUUACAUCGAACUUGUGAACUUAGAUUAGCUCCUGUCUGCCUGCGGUUGUGCCUGUGGGUGCCGAGUAACAAAGCAGACGCGUGUUUUUUUGGUACACGGCAAGCAGGCAACGGGCUACGGUUGACCAUUCGCUGGGCAGACACCACUCUUGUUGGUGUCAGCGAACAAGCAGACAAGAAAGCACAAGCAUCCACUACAAUGUCUUCAGCCGAUGGGGACGUGGAGGAGGGGCGUCGAAACCCUCUGGGGUUCCGGCCUCGAGCGCCUAAAAUCGGCAAUCUUCCCAGACACUCCGCCAUCGAGGAGGAUGGUGAUGGCGGGGGGCGCUGUGCCCUGGGAGUGGCCGCCCUCAAGCGCCACCCCCAGCAUCCUGCGGCUUCCUUCAGGGACGAGGUAGCGACGCACGACACCGGAUACUUCAGGAAGGACUCCCGCACGCCCGACGACGUGUCCACCACCACCACCACUACGCACGCAGCGCCCUUGGACACGCGGGUGACGGGACGGUGUCAGGCCGUGGUGGCGGUGCGGGCGGCGCCGGAAAAACCCGCUGGCUGCGGCAAUGCUUCCUCCUGUAAGAGCCACGAGACCCCCGGAUGCGCCGCGCCUUCCAUCAACGGCCAUCCCUGCGGCGACGGCGAGAAGGGGUGCGAGCGCGGCGGCGGGAGGUGCGAGGCGGGCGGCAAGGUGGAGGACCUGACCCGCGCCGCCGCCUCGCUCUCCAUCGCCGCCCAAAAGGGCGCCCCCGCGAGCCCCGCCUCCUCCUCCUCCGGCCCCAGCCAGGCCGAGGGGGCGCCCAAGCCGAGCAAGGACGAGCCGGACCUCAUCAAGACCGAGGACCCCUUCCCGACCACCUUCAAGAUCCCGACUCCGGGCGGGUCCUUCACGGAGCACCGGCCGGGGCGCAGCGUGUGCGAGGAACUCCGCCAGCUGUCGCGGGUCAAUUCGCUGGUGGAGCGGGGCUCCCUGGCCAACAUCCGCUCGACUUCCGUUGACGAAAACGGGCCCGUGACGGGCGGGGGGCAUGGGGGCCCGGGGGGAACCGCCUCCGGUAGGGGCACGCACAUCGCGCGGCUCAUUCAGUCGAAGAGCGUCAACAUGGGCGAGCGCCCCAUCUACCCCAACGUGCCCUUCUCGCCCUACGGCUCCCCCUGCUCCUCCCCCCGGCUGCGGCGCCGCCCCCUCAAGGAGUCGCGCCGCGUCAGCAUCGAGAAGAACGGGGAAUACAUCCAGCUCAACCAGUACAAACUCAAGGAACCCAUCGGACAGGGUUCUUACGGCAUCGUCAAGUUAGCCUACAAUGAAGAGGACGAUACCCAUUACGCUAUGAAGAUCCUGUCGAAGAAGAAACUGAUGAAGAAGCAUGGCUGUUUUGGCCGAGCUUGGACCAUAGGCGGCGAGACAGAGGGAUCGCCGCACGCCCGUUCCCUCAGCCCGUGCCACCGCCUCGCCAGCUACUCGCCGCCCACUCUCAGAGUGAAGGGGCGGCUGCCGCCUCCGCGCGCGUCGGGAGGCCGGCCGAUCGAGAACCCGCUGGACAGAGUGCACCGCGAGAUCGCCAUCCUCAAGAAGCUCAUCCACCCCAACGUCGUCAAGCUGGUCGAAGUCCUGGACGACCCGGACGAGGAUAACUUUUACAUGGCAUUUGAGCUUCUGGAGAAGGGCGAGGUAAUGGAGGUGCCGACGGACACGCCCCUCACGGAAGACCAAGCCUGGGGCUACUUCAGGGACGUCGUUCUUGGCAUAGAAUACUUGCACUACCAGAAGAUAAUCCACCGCGACAUUAAGCCAUCGAACCUGCUUCUCGGCGACAACGGCCACAUCCAGAUCGCGGACUUCGGGGUUUGCAACGAGUUCGACGGCCAGGACGCCUUCCUCACCAACACGGCGGGAACACCUGCCUUCAUGGCUCCCGAAGCGCUCUCCACGUCGCGGCAUAAAUAUUCCGGGAAGGCCGCAGACAUCUGGGCAAUGGGUGUGACUCUAUAUGCCUUCGUUUACGGGAAACUUCCAUUCCACGAUGAAAAUAUUGUUGUGUUGUACGAUAAGAUCCGGAACGCGCCUCUCGUGUUCCCACCCGCGCCGUUCGUAUCCGAUGACCUCAAGGAUUUGAUUAGCCUAAUGUUAGAAAAGGAUCCUGCUAAGAGAAUAACGCUGCCGGAUAUUAAGCAACAUCCCUGGGUGACAGCAGGUAAUCAGUACCCGCUGCCCACCGAAGAGGAGAACUGUGUACUGAUCGAGGUAACGGACGAGGAGGUCCAGACGUGCGUGCGGUCGAUCCCCAAGCUGGAAACGCUAAUCCUCAUCAAGUGUAUGCUCAAGAAACACAGCUUCCACAACCCGUUCAAGAUGAACGUGCUCAUCAAGGAGCAGUUUGCGCGUGCUGGACGGUCGCACUCGGCGCCUGGUUCGUAUGAGUUCUACUUGGACAGGAAGAGGUCGCUUGAUAUCACACUCCCAGCAGUAGAUGAACUGGAGGUCUGCGGGGAGGACAGAUGAUGUGACGGCCCAUCACUUGGUGCAGUGCAGAAGGAAAUCAUCAUCAUGAUGUGCUUGUUACAGUUUUUAAAAUGAUAUAAAUGUAAAGAACAUGAUAAAUUUAAAAACUCUCUCAAAAAACUUACCUCGUUGUUGUUGGUUUCUCAUUAACUUCUUAAGAUCAUUUAUUGAAUACAUAUAACAGGAUGCAACAAUGUAUCCUUUAAUGCAAUAAAAUGUGUAUCUGCUGUUUUAAGUGAGAGAAAGCUGUGCCAACACAAUAAAGCGUAGCUGCUCUAGUAAUGCAUAAAUAGAGAAGAGAUUUUACAAGGGGACGAAGCAGUUAAAAGUGAGCAAUGAAGAUAAUGCAUGCAGCGGUGCUAGUAAAGGCAGGCAAGGCAAUUGUUGGUUAUGUUUUGAAGAGAUGUUUUGGCUAAGAUGUCUUACACUGCCAGAAAACUGAAAUAGUGUAGACUGAGCACUUAGAAAGUUUCAUGUUAUUUUUGGAUCAGUAUGUAAGAGUUUUGAAGUGUUUUUGUCUUGGCUAAAAUCUGCUACAAUUUAUAUUUAUUACCCCAACAACCGGAGAAUAAUGGUUGAUUAAUUUUCUUGCAUUAGAUUUCAGGAUGUAGCUAAACAGUGAUAUUCUUACUUUAUGUUCUAAUAAAGUAAAUCAAGUAAAUAUUCCAGCAAGAAAAAUAGAAAACAUUAGUUUUCAUUGGCUUGAUGGAAAAUCAUGCAUAUGUGCACAGUAAAUUUAAUAGUUUUAUAUGAAGGUAACUAAUAACUACUGUCAUCUGUGAUGUUUGGUAGCCUCUCCCAGUCUUUUUGACAAUCUUAUGAUCUGAUAGAAUUUGUUGCAGAUCACUUUUAUUUUUAAUUUAUGUGAUUACACAAUUCAUGCUAAUAAAAAAAAACAAAAAAAACAUCCAGUUGCUAUAAGUUGUUUAUACAUAGGGGCUUUUAUGUAAAAUUUAGGC